AGAGUGAAGCUGCUCGAGAGCAGAGACAGAGAUAAGCCCAGUCAUGGUUUCACUGCAAGAAUGGUGUCCUGAGAAUGUGUAAAUGGCUGUUUGUAUUGACAAGGGCGUCAUUGCUCCAAUCACAAACACGCCCCCCACCUACCUCCCCGCUCUUUGAACACCCUGCGUUGUGGAGAAGGACUGAGGAUGAUUUAUGCACAGAAAAAGCUGAAUGUUCUGGUAGCAGUGGCUCUGAUUGGAGGAGUGGCAUUCAUUAUUGUCGUGGUGCAUUACAUCCAUCAGUCUCCCUACCCCGUAAUACUCUCCCAGUUGGCUGGGGGGCCAGGAAGCAGCCGGAGUCAUUUCCUUGGUCUUUUUGUAAAGGAUUCCAAGGUGCUGCGGGGUUACAUUAGCCUAGCAGAGCAGCAGCCACUGGCCCUCCGCUGUGACCAGUGCAGCAUUGUCUCCAGCUCUGGCCAGAUGUUGGGCACAGGUCUGGGAGUGGAGAUUGACCGAUCAGAGUGUGUGUGGCGGAUGAACAAUGCACCUACAGAGGGAUAUCAGUCUGACGUGGGCAGCAAGACCACAGUGAGAGUGGUGUCUCACACCAGCACCCCAUGGCUCCUCCAGCAAGAAGCUUUCACCUCCCACCUCAACAGCUCCAUCUACAUCUUCUGGGGUCCUCAACGGAACAUGAGGCGCGACGGCAAGGGAUUGGUCUAUAAUAUGCUGAGGACUGUUCAAAAUCGCUUUCCAUCCGCUAAGCUUUACACUCUGACAGAGGAACAGAUGCGAUACUGUGAUGGGGCUUUUAAAAAGGAGACCGGAAAGGACAGGAUGCUCUCUGGUUCCUAUCUCAGUACCGGCUGGUUUACCUUUAUCUUGGCAAUGGAAGCUUGCAACACCAUUCACGUGUAUGGGAUGAUCAACGAUACUUACUGCAGUGCUGAUGGCCAUAGAAGUGUCCCGUAUCAUUACUAUGAACCGAGUGGGCAGGAGGAAUGUGCCGAGUAUUACCUGCACGAGAAUGCGAAAUACGGUGGGCACCGGUUCAUCACCGAGAAAAGCGUCUUUGCGAAAUGGGCAAAAGAGAGGAAGAUCAAAUUCUUCAAUCCCGCCUGGCAAAUCUCCUGAUACAAAUCAACCCUCACCUUGAAGAUGUGGGAGUCGCUGGCAGCAGCUUCUCACCCAAACCUGCAUCAGCAACACUAGGACAAUUGGACAAUAAAAGCAGUGACCUUGUUCCUGCACUUGUAAUGUCUAGAUAGUUAUUAAUAAAGAACCACUUUACCCA